GAGGACGGGGUAGAACUUUUCGCGGCCGAUCCGUUCCCCUAUUAUUAUUAUUAUGAUGAUGGGCUUAACCUCGCGGUUUCGGUUCUUCCUAGAUAUGUCCGAUGAGCAACCAAAAAUAUAAGGCGAUCGAACCACAGAACUGUAGAGAGUGGAGGCGAAGUGGCUGAGAUCCCCCCCCUCCAGUUCCGAGGGCCCGCCGUGCAGGAGUUCACCGGUUUGGCCCAUGGAUGACGAUGGGGGUGAAAAAAGAAAGCUACUUAAGAGUUCCGGCCCGGGUUAACUAAGCCAGCGUCCGAUGACUGAUGACUGAUGACUCGUAUUUACCAUACAUACGGUUUUGUACUGUUGUACUGUACCGUACCAGGCACGCACGCAAGGCAUCAUUCUAAUCCUGGCUGUGCUUUUCCUUCCUUCCACCUCAGCGACUACCUACCACUUACCACUUACCACUUACCACUACCACUACCACUACUUACUUACUACCCUACCCAGACGAACUUCAACACGGACUCCCCUCCCCGUCUUCUGUUCACGGUGUCCUAUACUGGAUCACCAUUCACGGCUCCAGAUCCCUUACAUCACGCCUUCUUUCUACUCUUUUCUGUGGUGUAGUCGGCUGCCUCAUGGCAAUUACGUCGUCAGUUUCAUCCCCGAUUUGCUGACCAAUUCACUCUUUCCAUUAAUAACUACCCCAAUCGUCUUCUCUACUAUCUAUCCUCCUUCGAACCCACUGUCUGGGCUUACCAAUACGCCCAGCGCCUCCAUUUUACAUAGCACGGAUCCAUUCUUUUAUAUCGAGUCGUCGAGUCGUCAGGUCUCAAUCACAUAUAUUCUUAAUUUCACCGUCUCGUUCUUCUUUGGUCGUUUUUCGCUGUUCUCGACCGCCCCUGAGGCGUUUUAAUCCGACACAUCCGAACACUCCUUGAGCUUUCUCGGCUGCUUAAACAAUUGCAAAUGUGCGGAAUAUCCUCCUGACCCGAUUCCCUCUCUGGUUUUAUGUUAUAGGUAGUAUUAAAAAGCCCGGAAUGGCCGAGGUACAAUUUGGCGCGGAGGAUGAGGCCACCAUCUCGAAGCCCGUUAGAAGGAUGCGAUGGGCCACCCAACGCCAUGCGGGUGCCGGCGGAUCGCGAAAAAGACGGUCUAUAAUGGAUAGACUGCACCGUCGCGUCAGUUCCAAGGACGAAAAACGGAAAUCGACUGCUAGCUCCUUGCCAAAUGGCGAGGGGUCGACCAUCGACGAAGGCUCCGUUGACAAUUUGAAUCUUCGAAGGAUAUUUUGCAACGUGCCACUUUCUGAUGAUGUGAAGGACGAGGACGGUCGCCUCAUGGCCAAUUAUGCGAGGAAUAAGAUAAGAACGGCAAAAUAUACCCCGUUAAGUUUUGUUCCGAAAAAUUUGUGGUUCCAGUUUCAUAAUAUUGCAAAUAUUUACUUUUUGUUCACUAUUAUUCUAUCUAUUUUUCCAAUUUUCGGCGCCACCAACCCUGGGCUGAGCUCAGUCCCCCUAAUCUCCAUUUUAACAGUUACUGCCAUUAAAGAUGCGAUUGAAGACUGGAGACGAACCGUGCUUGAUAAUGAGCUAAACAAUUCCCCAAUUCAUCGAUUGGUUGAAUGGGACAAUGUUAAUUCAGUUGAAGAUAAUGUUUCGUUAUGGCGGAGGACCAAGAAAGCAACCACCAGAGUUGUGGUGAAGUUUUGGAGGUUAAUAAAUUCUCUGAAAAAAGGGGGACAGGCAACGGCUUCCGAUGACGAUAUCCUCGCCGGAGAACGACCGUCUAUAGAUACCAGACGCACACACAGAAACUCGACGUAUUCAUUCAGACAGUCGUUCCAGUUCAAUAAUCGCGAUUCCCAGGAGAACGGUGGUGCCAUACAAAUGACACCUGUCCCAUCACCUAAACUUGACCAACGCAACCCGCAGAUGGACGGACAAACAUCUUCAACUAACUACCUAUCUCCCGAUCCUUACCAGACAUCAGACCGUCCGCAUGCGCGUCGCGACUACGGGAGUGUGUUAAAUAAGUCGAAACAAACCCCUCAGACCGCAAGGUUCAAGCGUGACUACUGGAAAAACGUGCAGGUGGGCGAUUUCGUGCGAAUUUACAACGAAGAGCCCAUUCCUGCGGAUGUUGUUGUCUUGUCCACAUCUGACCCAGACGGGGCUUGCUACGUUGAAACGAAGAAUCUCGAUGGAGAAACAAAUUUGAAGGUACGACAAGCGCUUCAUUGCACUCGCGACGUAAAGCAUGCCAGGGACUGCGAGAAGGCAGAAUUCAUGAUCGAGAGUGAAGCUCCGCAUCCAAAUCUGUACGAGUACAAUGGAGCGAUUAAAUGGAAGCAACAUGACGCGAAUUCCCCGGAUGGACCUGGGAGAGAAAUGGUGGAGCCAAUUACCAUUAACAAUAUACUACUCCGUGGCUGUAGCAUACAGAAUACUGAGUGGGUUUUGGGAAUGGUGAUUUAUACCGGCCUUCAAACAAAGAUCAUGCUUAAUUCAGGCGCUACACCAACAAAGCGAGCAAAGCUUGCCAGAGAUUUGAACUGGAACGUCAUCUACAAUUUCAUCAUUCUGUUCCUCAUGUGCCUUGUGUCUGGAAUCGUUCAAGGUGUCACGUGGGGAGAAGGAGAUAAUUCUUUGAAUUUCUUCGAAUUUGGGUCCUACGGCGGCUCGCCUCCUGUCGACGGCUUUGUCACAUUCUGGGCUGCCGUUAUUCUCUAUCAGAAUCUCGUCCCUAUCUCGCUCUAUAUAUCCCUGGAAAUUGUUCGAACCGCACAGGCCAUCUUCAUUCACAGCGACACUUUCAUGUUUUACGACAAACUUGGUUAUCCUUGCACGCCCAAGUCAUGGAAUAUUUCGGACGACCUUGGGCAGAUCGAGUAUAUCUUCUCCGAUAAAACGGGGACACUGACCCAGAACGUGAUGGAAUUCAAGAAAUGCACUAUCAACGGCGUUUCAUACGGUGAAGCCUACACAGAAGCUAUGGCUGGAAUGCAGCGUCGCGAGGGUAUCGACGUGGAAGAAGUCUCCAAAAGGGCUCAUGAAACUAUUGCCAAAUCUCGCGUUCAAAUGCUCCAACAGCUUCGUUCUAUCCAUGACAAUCCUUACCUCCAUGAUGAAGAACUUACGUUUGUUUCUCCCGAUUUCGUCUCUCACCUUUCUGGAACCGCUGGCGAGGAGCAGCAAGCCGCCAACGAGCAUUUCAUGCUUGCCUUGGCUCUAUGCCAUACAGUUAUAACAGAACGUACUCCAGGUGACCCUCCUAGGAUUGAAUUCAAAGCUCAAUCUCCUGAUGAAGCAGCGCUGGUCGCGACUGCACGAGACUGCGGGUUUACUGUGCUGGGAAGAUCGGGUGACGACAUUCGGCUGAACGUUAUGGGCGAAGAACGGUCGUAUACGGUUCUGAACACUUUGGAAUUCAACUCAUCAAGAAAACGGAUGAGCGCAAUUAUUCGCAUGCCCGAUGGAAAAAUUAUCUUGUUCUGCAAAGGUGCCGAUAGUAUAAUCUAUUCUCGCCUGGCUCGUGGGCAACAACAACUCCUUAGAAAGGCGACUGCAGAGCACCUUGAAAUGUUCGCUAGGGAAGGCCUGCGGACCCUUUGUGUCGCCGAGAGAGUGUUGAGUGAAGAAGAAUACCAAGAAUGGAACAAGUCUCAUGAUUUGGCUGCGCAGUCGCUCACUGACCGUGACGUGAAGCUCGAGGAAGUCUCAAGUGCCAUUGAGCAGGAACUUACCCUUCUUGGUGGCACUGCCAUUGAGGAUAGGCUGCAGGAUGGCGUCCCCGAUACUAUUUCCCUCCUGGCGACUGCUGGAAUCAAGCUAUGGGUCCUUACAGGAGAUAAGGUUGAAACUGCCAUUAAUAUUGGAUUUUCGUGCAAUCUGCUCUCCAACGAGAUGGAGUUGAUCGUUUUCAAUAUCGAUAAGGACGACCCUGACUCGGCCGCAUAUGAACUUGACACGAAUUUGGCGAAGUUUGGUCUUACUGGCUCUGACGAAGAGCUAAUCGCUGCUCAAAGCAACCACGAACCACCAGCUGCGACACAUGCACUCAUUGUGGAUGGAGACGCACUUAAACUCAUGCUUACCCCGGAGCUAAAGCAGAAAUUCCUCCUCUUAUGCAAGCAGUGCAAAUCCGUGCUGUGCUGCAGAGUUAGCCCUGCUCAGAAAGCCGCCGUUGUGCAUAUGGUAAAGACUGGGUUGCACGUCAUGGCACUUGCUAUUGGUGAUGGCGCGAACGAUGUUGCGAUGAUCCAAGAAGCCGACGUGGGAGUUGGCAUCGCCGGUGAGGAAGGCCGACAGGCUGUCAUGUCAUCAGAUUACGCAAUUGGCCAGUUCCGAUUCCUUCAGCGUCUCGUCCUCGUCCAUGGAAGAUGGUCUUAUCGACGGCUUGGUGAGACUAUUGCCAAUUUCUUCUACAAGAAUCUUGUAUGGACGUUUGCGCUCUUCUGGUAUUCGAUAUACAACAACUUCGAUGGCUCCUACCUUUUCGACUUCACGUACAUCAUCCUGGUCAACUUGGCCUUUACAUCUCUCCCUGUGAUAUUGAUGGGUAUCUUCGACCAAGAUGUGGACGACAGGGUCUCUCUGGCUGUCCCACAGCUUUAUAAAACUGGUAUCGAGCAGAAGGAAUGGACACAGAAGAAGUUCUGGCUUUAUAUGCUGGACGGGCUAUACCAGUCUAUUAUGUGCUUCUUCAUGACCUACCUCGUUUAUCGUCCCGCCACUGGAGUAACGGAUAACGGACUCGACCUCAGUGAUCGGAUGCGUAUGGGAGUCUUUGUGGCCUGUUCCGCUGUGAUUGCUAGCAACACUUACAUUUUAUUGAACACCUAUCGCUGGGAUUGGUUGACCGUUCUGAUCAAUAUAAUCAGCACCCUGCUCAUCUUUUUCUGGACGGGUGUCUAUACCUCAGUGGAGAGCUCUGGCCAGUUCUUUGAGGCUGGUCAGGAGGUAUUUGGCACGCUCGCCUUUUGGGCUUUGACCUUCUUGACCGUGACGAUGUGCUUGUCGCCUCGAUUUGCGAUCAAAUCAAUCCAAAAGAUAUAUUUCCCGAGAGACGUGGACAUCAUUCGGGAACAGGUUGUUGCGGGGAAAUUCAAAUACUUGGAUGACUAUGAGGCGUAUGUUCCUCCGACUGCUCGAGACUUGUCCCCCGCAUCCACAGAGCUUGGGAAACCCAUGGAUAUGUCAACGAAGCGAUCGAAAUCUAUUCCUGAAGACGAGCGACCGAUAUACCCACCAUCCGUCGCCCCCACUGCAGCAACUCACAACCCGAGAAGUCAAAAUGGAAGCGAUGGAACAGGAUACACCGCAAGCUUAGAAUUCCGACAUAAACAGCAGCAAUCAGUUGACCUCGGACCAUCAUACGACCGCGUUCGACAGUCUAUGGAACCGGUUAGGAGCAGCUUUGAAGCCACCCGUGACUUUACCUCCGCCGCGAUGCUCAGUCGCAUGGAGUCAACUCACCAAGGUUAACAUGAGCCGCUAUACCCAACAAAUCCAAACCACCGCCGACUUCUCUACAUCAUUCCGCCGAAUCUCUUUUUUUCUCUUAUGUUCAACCUUUGUAAUGUAUACUGUUUACUGACCGCCACUAUGCCCCUGAUGACUCUUCUUUCGCUUUCAUAUAUUCUCCUUUUUUCCCUUUUUCCCUUUGCUAUUAUUAAGCUGUGUCACUUUUCAACUGUGCCUUCCAUUUUAUUUCUGCGCCAAAAGAUCUUGCAUGAGCGUCAAAAUCUGCUUUGCUUCCCCUUGACCCUCUCCCUUUUUCCUUUCCAUUUUUCCGUCCUGUUUUCUAAAACAUUAUUACCAUUAGAGGCGUUCAACUUGUUGCAUGUUUGACUUUUGGAUUUUCAGGGGAGGGGAAACUUGUACACUUUUUGGUAUUUUCUUUUUCUUUGACCAGCGCGUGGAAUUACGAAUUUUUCAAAAUUUUAGUAUAUAACCAACUUUUUGUUUUUGUUUCUUCCUCUUGCCGCCGUUUGCUUCAUUUCUUCUCUUCCAACCCUCUUCAUGCCGCCCAUCCCCUUUUUUUUCUAUUAUUUCUUGGCUCUAAUCGGUAAUCGGUAAAUAUCUAUCGUUCUUCCUGAUAUAUAUUUUAUUCCUCGCGCAACCCUGAAACCAGGCUAUACCUACCUUAACACUUAUUCUUACCUCUUUCCCUUCCCUUCUCCCCCUUUUUCCCCAUCCUGAUUUCACUUUUCUUUUGCAUUUUCUUUCUCCCUGUUUAACUGUGUCCUGAUGUACAUAGUGCGUACAAAAAAAAAAAAAAAAAUUUAACUACGUCUUUCUCGAUCGUAAUAA